GGCGGACAUUCCUGUAUUUGCUGAUAAUGCUAUGCUGCUGUCAAGGAAGGUAAAUAUUUCGAAAAUGAACAUCUAGAUCAUUCUGAAGUGAGUUUACUGUGAGAAGAGGGGAACAGAGACAUCGUCAUGUAUUCAACAUCAAUUUACUCGGACAAAUUUCGUGGACAACAGAAGGAAAAUUAUGAUCAAUACACUGAAGACAGAAGGCAUCAAACAAUAAUCCAUGAUAAAGCAAGGAGGUUUUCAAUGGAAAAUGCCAGAAGGCGUCGAGCGCUGGAGUUGAAGAAAAAAAUCGAAGCUCAGAAAGAAUCCAAACGGAGACAAGAAGCUUUAGACGAAAGAAGGAAACGUCAGCACGAAGCCACUGUGAAGUAUCAGCGAUUCAACAGAGUUGCUUCUGCUACUGAUAGGAGCCGACCUCCAGGACUGGAAGAAGCCCUGAAUGCUGUACGUUUAUCUUCAGCUCCAAUCUAUCGUACAAAAUACCAAGCUAACUAUAGCCAGUCUGACACGGUACACGUUUAUAGUCCCUGGAAAGCUACUGUUCCAAGGAAUGUGUACAACACUGCAUCGUAUCGGGCGCAGCACGAACAGCUGCAGACAUCCAGUAGUAAAAACUUGAGCCAGAGUCGAAGUCUGUUCGAGCAACAACUUCAGGAUCAGCAGAGACAGUUUGCAUUGCAGCAUCAGAAAUCGCUGCAGGAUUUUAACCGAGCCAUAAUUAAUGAAAGUAAACUCUCAAAUCACAAAGAAGAUGAAGUCCGUGAUAGUCUGUGUAGUGUAGAUAGUUUAGAGGAAGGAAAUAACGCUAAAGAAAAAGUCCAAGAACCGGAACGGGUUAGGGAAACAAACAGUGAAACUAAUAACCAGCAAAUCUACAAUGCUAAUUAUACAACUUCUGGAAACCCUGCCACGCUUCACAGCACAGUGAAUAAAAAUGGAUCAACCACACAGAUAGGUAAUAAAUUAUUCGUGCCAAAAAGUGUUACGACCAGUGAAUUGGCCAUUGGUCAGGAGCCGAGGAACAGUAAUUUGUCUACAGAGAACACAAAAAUUGAACAAAAACCAAGCAGUGAUUUGAGACUUGAAGAGACAACUGAUACAGAUAUUGUAGAUGAUAAAGUGGAUUUCUCUAAAGCUGAUGAGGUGAUGGUUACCACCGGCCCCACUUACACCAGUGCCGCCUCUAAAAUUGGCUCUAAUCAAACAUGGACACAAAGCGGUAGCAUGUACACUGGAACCGACUCAUCAGUUAGCAGACCUACUAGGUCAUACUCAGCGAGGACUACUGCAACCGGAGUGACUGUUACACCAGCUGCGUAUAACUGGAACGAGUACAAAUCUUAUGUUAAUCCGGUCCCUGCACCGAGGACAGCCGACUCAAUUAUACGACCGCAAGUGAAUGAUUAUCCAAAUUCACAUGCACCUGCAACUUCAACUACAACUUCAACCGGGGUGUAUUUUGUUAACGAGACUCCAUCCAAACCCGUCCAAACCAGCAAUGUGAACAAUGUUAAGAUUUACAAAGAACCGAAAAAGGAAGUUGAUUAUGUGGAUGAAGUCGAGGAGGAUGACAGUUCAGAUGAUGUGCUUCAGGAUUCCUCCCACGAUACUGCACCUAAGAGUAUUUUAAAAAAAAUUCCGUCCAAUUAUGGCAGUGGUAGGUAUGGGUCGUCAAUAUAUCUGCAACGCAGUGGUAGUAAUAUUAGUCUUGAAGGAGUCAAACUUAGAGAUAGUAUUGAUGUUACAAAGAGUAGACAAAGCGAGACAUUUGAGUCGACUAAAAAGAAAAGUGUUCGGUGGACAGAUUGGGAUAAACAAAGUAAACUUACGAUACAAUUAGGAACGCCAAGAGAUGAGCCGACUGGUAAGAGGAGACCAUUUUCAGCAACUACGCCACUCACCGUUUCAUCUGUGCCAAAAUCUACUAAAGCUAAAAGAUCUGCAAGUGCCGGCACUAUUCGGCAUGCUCCUGUUCCCAAACCUAGAGCAGGACCUAAAGUUCAACCAGCUUUGGUUGCAACUAGAAACAAUAUCCCCUCCAAUAACAACGGCUCUAACUAUGCAACUAUGAACGGUUAUAGUCAUACAUAUCCUGCUCCCUCGCAUCAAGAUUCUGAUUCGCCUUGUGAACAUGCAACUCAUAAUGGAGAACGGACUAGAAGUUAUACAGGUAUAGGGUUAGAUAAAACACCAACCGAUGAUGAAAUAAACUGGCUGUGGGACAAAGUGCGGACUUGUUUACAUUCAAGGGAAGGUAAUAAUAGCAGCAUGGCAUCUCAGCGGCCAACUGAUAUUCCACAAAACAGGACGGCUGCUAAUGUACAGAAGCAAACCUUUGAUGGUAGGCAGUUGGUCGCCAACUUACGAAAUCCAACUACAGCAGUCAAUGGAAAUGCAGACCAGGCGACACCCCUACGGGAAGGUAACAUCCAAAGGAAAGUUCACAAACCCAGCAGCUCGCAGACUGGGAAUUCAUAUAUACGACUGUUACAGUUGAGACGACAAAAUGCACAGAAAGCAAACAAAAUACUCCGACAUGGCGUGGAUGCGAAAACAACAGCAGAAUAUGGAUCUUUACAGCCAUAUGCUACCAUAGACAAUGUGAGUGAAAGUUUGCAAUUAUUCCAGACAGCAGAGAAGCUCAGCCAGCAUCCUGAUCUGUCUGAGACAGAGAUCGCGAAAGCGCUCACCCGACAGCAGCAAGCAGGGGUACAGACAGUGAGCAUACCGCCACACACUAGGAAAGCGCCCUCUGCUUUGUCACUUGAGGAACAGCGUAUAAUGCAGUCAUUGGACAGGUUAAAUGAAAGGCUAAGAAUUGUGACUGAUGGAACAUUACAAAGUUCUCCGAGUAGUGUACUUACAACAAAACCUGCCUCUUAUUCAAUGAGAGGGCAUUCAGCGACCAGAGAUUCCAGUAUUGGUCGUGCUACUGCAGCCAGCGCUAGAAGGCAAGCAAUAAAUAGGAAUAUACGCAGGGUUAAUUAUAGACAUUGAUUCGUAGAUUUUUGAUUAUAAAGAUUUGAACAUUUACAGCACAGUAGAGAAUCAUUACAUUACGUGCACAUUAUGAUAGUUGGCAGCCAUCAACAGCACUUGGGAUGCUGUCUUGUCUGAUGAACUUCGAACACAACUUAUCAUCUUCAAUUUCCUGAGAAGAAUAGUAAUGGUAUCUAGCUUUGCUAUUUCCUUUCCCUCGACACCUCCCUCGCACAUGUACUGUGUGACCUGUUAUGGGGUGUUUUCAAUCUUGUAUAAACGCACAUGCAAAAUCCUCCGCACAUCUUACUGCUUCAAUCUUAUAUUAAUCCACCAAAAUAUAUUUUAUGUAGGUUGAAAUUUACUCCUUUAGAACUGGUGUAGAUGCUAAUAUAUUAAAAAAACAGUUGUCGACAAAACUUUUGUUAGAUUUGGGUGAUUUUUGUUGGAAUAAUCAAAACAAUUCAAUACACAUAUUCAUGUCACACCAAUCCCAGGGAUU